AUGUCUUCACCACACUUUACAGAACAAUUACUACACAUUAGCCAAUCGCUGGCCACUGCACUGUUGGCUUCGGGAUCUAGUCUUAAGCUAUUGCCGCUAAUACCGGCCUUCCUUUAUAUACUAUUGAAAACACAACUACAACACGAACUGUAUGUCCAGCGUAUGGUAACCCUUGAUGAGUACGACUAUGUGGUUAUCGGUGCCGGUACUGCCGGCUCGAUAAUGGCCGCCCGACUAUCCGAAGAUCCGCACGUAUCUGUACUGUUACUCGAAGCCGGCAAAUCGGAAACAGUAGUAUCCGAUGUACCGGUCAAUAGUUUCAAUCUACAGUUGACACCAAUGGACUGGAGCUUUGCUACCGUACCGCAGAAACACUCGUGUCUGGGUCUCAAUGGCCACCGAUCGCUGUGGCCACGCGGCCGUGUAAUGGGCGGUACAUCGACUAUCAAUACAAUGGUCUAUUGUCGCGGCAAUCCACGCGACUUUGACCAAUGGGCUGCUAACGGUGCCCGAGGCUGGUCCUGGCCCGAAGUGUUUCCCUAUUUUAUCAAAUCCGAGGACAACCGUAAUCCCGAAUAUGUGGCCAGCGGCUAUCACGGUGUCGGCGGACCGAUGACUGUAACUUCGCUCAACAAUCCCCGUAUAAUGUCGUCAGUGUUUGUCAACUCCGGGCCGCAUAUCGGCUAUCCUGUCGGCGAUAUCAAUGGCCACCAGCAGACCCAGUGGACAAUACCGCAGAUCAAUACACGAGACGGUAUGCGUCUGUCGGUGGCCAAGGCCUAUCUGGAACCGUUGGCCGGCCGUAAAAAUCUACACAUCCUCACCAAAGCGUACGUCACGAAAAUACUGAUCCAUUCGUCCGAUAAACGGGCCGUCGGUGUCGAGUUUGAACGUCUAUUCAAGCGAUAUGUGGUUCGCGCCCGAAAGGAAGUCAUACUGUCGGCCGGUUCUAUCAAUUCACCGAAAAUAUUGAUGCUAUCAGGUAUCGGUCCCAAAGAACAUCUGAAAACAUUGGGCAUACCAGUGAUGGCCAAUCUACGGGUGGGAGACAAUCUUCAGGAGCAUGUAUCGAGUGGCCUAUUUUUUACUGUUAAUGAAACCAUUGGUAUCGAUUGGCUCCGGGAGUCUAAACCCGGUUAUGUGAUGGAGUAUUUUUUGUUUCGCAAAAAUCAUUUGGCCAAAAACAUUGACGAAGGUACCGGUUUUAUUAAAACCAAAUACCAGUACCCGCUAGACGACUGGCCAGAUAUACAAUUGUUUAUGAUGCCAGGAUCGUUGACCACUGACUAUGGGCUCAACUUUCAGCGGAUAUUGGGUCUGAAAAAGUCGGUUUGGAAACAGGUAUUCAAACCGUAUGUCGGCUACAAUACGUUCAGUAUCUAUGCGGUAGUUAUGCGACCGAAAUCCAGAGGUUGGAUACGACUACUAUCUACCGAUCCCUACGAUCAGCCGCUGAUUGAUCCGAAAUAUUUCGAUGAGGAACAGGAUCUCAAUGUAUUGGUCGAGGGUUUGAAGGCGGCUCUCGAAACCAGUUCAAGUCCAUGGAUGCAACGAUACAAUGCCCGACCGUUUCAGACUGUCUAUCCGGGUUGCGAACCCUACCAGCUCUACUCGGACGACUACCUACGCUGUAUGGCCCGUACAUUGACCACUAUUGGCUGGCAUCCGAGCGGUACGUGUAAAAUGGGUGCCAAACACGAUCGGCAGGCAGUAGUCGAUUCGCAGCUCCGGGUGUUCGGUAUCAAUGGUCUGCGUGUAGUCGAUGCCUCAGUUAUGCCAACAGUACCCACUGGUAAUAUUAAUGCGGCAACUAUUAUGUUGGCCGAAAAAAUUGCCGACAAUAUGCGUGGCCGACGGGUUCAACCGUUUUUGCCGCCAAUGACCGCCGAUAUGAUCAAACAGUUGCCAAACUUGCCGUACGAGGAAUGGGAUGAAAAUUUAGUGUAA